UGGUUGAGUCACCAUCACUGGAUGUGUUUAAGAGCCGUUUGGAUGUGAUGCUCAGAGAUAUGAUUUAGCGGAGGGUUGUUAGAGUUAAGGUACUGUGGUUAGGCUACGGUUGGACUUGAUGAUCUUUGAGGUCCUUUCCAACCUGAGUAAUUCUAUGAUUCUAUGAUUCUAUAUGUGGUCAUAUAUGACCAUUUGACCACCCUGACCUUUAUGGCUAAAGAAAGGAAAUGGCUGAAUUUUAGGGAAUUUUUGUCUUUUCUUUCCAUUUAGUGCCAGUAUUCUGACACGUGCUUUACUGGCAUCGACGUUAAUUAUUACUUAGUUGCUGAUACUAAAAAUCAUAUUUGUUUCAAUGUUAGUAUUUGUAUUCUCAUGGCGCUUACAGUCUCGGAGUGAGAUCAAGCACCAUUUAAUUACCACAAUAUACGUGCAUAUAUAAAUAUAUAUUUAUAUACAAUGUAUCUGUAUAUUGUGUAUAGUAUACAUACAUAAUAUAUAUAUAUUUAUAGACAAUAUAUGUAUUUGUAUACGUAUAUAUAUGUAUAUGUAUAUAAUAUUAAAAAUACAUAUGUGUACAAUAUAUAUUAUAUAAACACAUAUGUACAAUAUAUAUAUUUAUAUACAUAUAUUGUUAUAUUAAUAUGAAUACACAUACAUUUACAGAUAUACAUACAUUUAAAAUAUGUAGGUUGUUAUGAAAGUAAUGCCUUCUAUUUAUUCCCAUGGAAACUACAACAGAUACAAAGAACACGAUAAUACUAUUCAAGAGAGCAAAUUCUCAGCUACAAAACAGUAUUUUUCAGUGUAGUCACCAUCGUUAGGUAUGCAUUUGCACUCAUAAAAAUCUACAUGGCCACCCAGAGCAUGGCUUGUCUUUCAUGUUGCUGUCAACAAAUGGACAUCAGAAUUAAAGAUGAGGGGAAUGAAAGUAAUUUCCCUGAAUGAAAAUAGAUAGACAAAGCUCAGCUGAACUGUGGGAGUAUAAACCCACAGGAGUGGGUUUAUAAGGAGACAACAUGACAUUAAUAUUCAGCAGGUCCUCAACUUUUCAUUCACAGUGCUAUGUUUCAACAAUGUUAUCCCACUGCUAAGCUAUUUAGAAACUAAAGAUAUUUCUGUAUGUUUUUCUUUUGAAUUCUUUGUAUAAUACUGUAGAAUUUUUGAAGAAGAGGGAAUUGAUGAUCUAAGAUACACAUUCUAACAUUCAGCUGAAAUCAAAAGAGAGUGGCAUAGAAAAAAAAAGACAAUGAAGUCAUAAAGCAGAAAAUGAAAGCAGUAACUGUAAAAGUGUGCACCAGGGGGAAAACCUUUAAAACGAAAAAAUGAUGAAAGAAAACUUCUCCCACAGAAUAAUUAAAUUUCAAGAGGAGCCUUUUCAUAGGAGCCUAUGAAUGACCUUCAAAGUAAACCAGCCUAUCACUUGGGAUAUAUAUAGGAAAGGAGGAGCACAGCAGCUUAUCUUUACCAUGUACGCUUUUGGCUUUAUACAAAUUGGCUUCAUUCUGCUAUGCACCAUCACCAUCUCAAGUCUUACCUGUAAUCACCUUCCUUUACAGCAAAGAAGAGUGAUUGAGAGCAGCCUGCAACUUUUGGACAAAAUGGGCAGAAGGUUUCCUCAACAGUGUCUAAGAGAGAAAAUGUCCUUCAGAUUUCCUGAGCAGGUUCUAAAACCCAGACAGAAAGAAACUGUUAAAGUAGCCAUUGAAGAGAUCUUGCAACACAUCUUCUAUAUCUUUAGCAAAAAUCUGACUCUAGCUGCGUGGGAUGGGGCAGCUCUGGAACAAUUCCAGAACGGACUCUAUCAGCAAAUUGAGAAAUUGGAGGCGUGCAUAAUCAAGAAGCAGACUCAAUAUUUUUGGAGUAAAGAAGUCAACAGGCUGAAACUGAAAAAGUAUUUCCAAAAGAUAGACUCUUUUCUUAAAGAGAAGCAACACAACCUGUGUUCCUGGGAGAUCAGCCGUGCAGAAAUGAGGAGAUGUCUUCAAUUGAUUGAUAAAGUCAUAAGGAAGCUUUACAAGGUAGACAUACUCUCCUCUCUGCCAGUUAUGGAUGCAAGCUAAAGGAAAUGAUGACAGCUAUAGGUAUCAGGUCUGAAGCUGAAAUACCGCAAAGAAAACCUGCUAACAACGCUACCAUGAUCCAGCACAACCAGAAAGACCAAGGGUGAGAUCCCACCAAAAAAAAACUACAGCUGAAGGAGAUUUUCAUGUGCUUUGUAACUAACAGCACUUGGAAUAGUUCCACUGCCAGACUGUUGGAAAUCUGAUUUCCUGCUUGUUUGUUUUUUUUUGCACAAACUGCUUGUUUGUUUUUUGCACUUCUGCAAGCCUGUACAAUAAAAGGACAUUCAGUCUA